GCUUGCGAAGCCCAUCUGCGUCCGGCCCCACCCAAUCAGCUGCCAUUGGCCACUGACAUCAUCGAAAUGCAAUUGGGACCCUUGCAAACCGAGAGGGAAUCGCCGGAAGCUAUUCUGACUCUACUGGAGGGCGGGCAUUUCAGGGAAAAAAAGCAUAUCGCAAAACCCGACACAACACCCCUCCCAUGCCUCCCAGCACAACUAUUGACUGCUGCUCCUCUCCACAACGUACCACCAGUGCAGCGCGACACACACUUUCGGUGCCUUUCAAGGCCCUUGCCUCUCCCAGAUUCACGCAUCGUGCGUGACUGGACCGACAUAACUGAGCCGGCUGUCCUCGUCGCUGCGCGCCUGUGCGCUGCGGUGCUCCCGAUAUGGCCACCGUUCUGCAGAGCAGCCCGCCCGGGCAGAACCACGACCGGUUCGAUCACACAAACGAGCUAGGCCCGCGAAACGCGCUGCUUCCUAGGCAAGACAGCGUGGACGGCGGCAGCGGCAGCGGCAGCGGCAGCGGCAGCGGCACGAUCCCCGACAUCACGCCCUUCCAGAAGAUGUUGUCUGCGACCACGGGGAGUCUGUUGACUGGACUGACGAUGACACCCCUCGACGUCGUCCGAGUGCGCUGGCAGUCCCAGAGCCUGAGCCAACAGCAGCACGCCCCGAAACUAACAGCCGAGCCUCAUCACUUCGCCCUCAAGUCCGCCGAGAUGUUCAGGCCUCCGAACCUCGGCGUCACCUCUUGCUGCAGGGAGGUCUUCUUCAUGAACAACAAUGCUGAAGUUUGUGUCGUCGGCCCGCACGUCGACGGGCCCGCAAGGGUAGACUGUGCCGUACAGGAGACCCAAAAGAAGACAUUCACAUCUACGCUCGAUGGCAUGCGCAAGAUCGCCAGGAACGAGGGAUUCUUCACAUUGUGGAGAGGCCUGUCACCCACGUUACUCAUGGCCAUCCCCGCCAACAUGAUAUACUUCCCGGGAUACGAAUGGUUAAGAUAUGACAAGAACAGCCCUGUUGCCAGAUUAAAUCCAAACUACGCGCCUCUCGUGGCUGGUAUCCUCGCACGCGUCGUCGCAGCCACGGCCAUCGGCCCGAUGGAGCUAUUUCGAACGAGGCUCCAGGCUUCUCACGGAGAGACGGCUACCGGCCACGUCAAAGACACCCUCAACAGUAUGCGGGCACAGCUGAAGACGCACGGUUAUCGCUCAUUGUGGAGGGGACUCAGCCUUACGCUAUGGAGGGACGUGCCGUUCUCUGGGAUGUACUGGUGGGGCUACGAGACGAUCCGGGGGAAGCUCACAGACGCCAGGGAGCGCAACAAGGGACGGACUACGGUUGGCGGCACCAGGGCGCGACGGCUAUCGCAGAGCAACGAGAACCACCGCGAAACCUUUGUGGACAGCUUUGUCGCGGGAUCCAUGUCAGGAGCGCUUGCCUGCAUCGCCACCAUGCCUUUCGACGUCGGCAAGACGCGCACCCAGGUGUACCACGAGAGCGGGAGAAGCGUGGCUGGCGAAGCUGUGAAGGCAGGCGCUGCGCCCGAGGAGCAGACAAUGGUUCGCCUGCUGCAGCACAUUGUACGGACGGAGGGGCCAUCCGGCCUGUUCAGAGGAUGGCUGCCGCGCGUAGCCAAGGUGGCGCCCGCAUGUGCGAUCAUGAUCAGCAGCUUCGAGAUGGGCAAGAAGAUCUUCCGGGACGUCAACGAGCGGUCGUCAGAAUCGCACACUGAGCUCGAUGUUGAGUAAGCAGCGGUCCGACUCGAACAUCUCCACUUGAUGAUUAUGGCAUUGUAAGGCGUUGAAAAGGGGGUUUGAUCUAUACAAGGCGUUUAGCAGCUGGGGUGAGGAGUCAUUCCGUGCCCGGUUUACCUCAGAUACCGAUGGCAUAUUUGCGGCUUGAAUGCCCUACAACAGAGUAUUAAAUACCAAAAAAGCUGUAUAAUGAAUACCAUCACCGACCUUGCAAGGUCGGCAUCAGGACGAGGGACCUACCUAUCGAUAGUACGUACCACCGCAUUACGGACACAAUUAGGAUACAACCUUCAUUGGAAGUGUGGCGAGCAGAACGCGAU